GCACUGAUCUUUAAAAGUUACGCGGUUUCGGUUCACUUGGAUUUGUAUCUGACCCGGAUUUACCAAAUAAAUACGCAGUAAGAGAGUCCUCGUAUUUUAACGGAAGAAAAGAGAACAUAAAUGUCGAGAAAACCCGAUGUUCCUAAAAUAAAUUGCUUUUGAAAGGAAAAAUGAUGACAACAAAAUAGUAUAGAAAAUGUCUGCUUUGAAAUCUUCUAUAUGGGGUUUUGCAAUAUGCAGUUUUCUGUGUUUAUGCUUUUUUCAAGUCAAUUUAUCCGCAAAGACUUUUGGGAAAAUACCAGUAAAAUUGUGCGCUGAAGAUACAUUGGUUCUUCUCCACUAUAUGAAUUUAUCUUCCUGCAAUAUGAUUUCCAUGGAACACGAUUACAUUGUAUUGCCUAAUACGACUCAAGAUGGAACAAAGUGUAUGAUUACUUGCAAAAUAACAGCCGAUGUUCGAACAGUGUCGUGGGAAUAUUACGUUGGGAUUCAAGAUCAACCAGAGUUACCGACUGAGAGAAAAGAUGGAUACUUUUAUAUCGCAAAAAGAUAUUCAUGCCAAUAUUACAGUCAUAAACAACAAAAAACUGCUGAUCUUACAGGGUACUGCGAUUAUAAUAACUACAAGAAGGCAAAUCUGAGUGUGGGAGAAAAAUGCAAUGCAGAUGAACAAUGCUACAGCUCGAAAUGUUUGAUGAACGAAUGCUCAUGUGCAGAUAGACAUACUUGGUAUCAUGCUCAAUGUGUGCGUGAUGAUAUGCUUCAAAAUGGUGCUUUUUAUGGCGACCAAUGUCUAUUCAGCGAACAAUGCACCUUUCCUGGAGGAGUUUGUUCAGAAAACAAGAGGUGCUUCUGUAGAUCUGGCUUCGAUUACAACGUGGAAAGAAAAAGUUGUUAUGAAGAUGAUAACGUACUGGAAAUGGUACUAGGAGCUGGUAUUUCUAGUUCAAUCGUCGGUGUUGUGGCAGGAAUUGUCGUCAUGUUUCUUAUUCAAAAAAGUGUUGGGCAAGAUACGCGUCAAACUUCAAAUACGGAACAAUGAUUAAACAAUAACAUCACCUCCACUGAGUUCUUCUGCAUGUUGCAUGUCGAACAGAUAUUCAUUUUAUAUACCAAAAUCUAUCAGGAACAUGUAUACCAUGGACUUGCAUGUCUAAUGAUGGCGGUGGUUACAGAAUAAGCUGCUGGUGCUCAAAGAACUAACCUUUUUGUAUAAGCACGAAGAAACAUACACAUGACAAUGUUUAAAUUAAAAAAAAAGAAUUAUAUUAUAUGCAAUUGUUUUAAAUCAUCCACCCCAGACAUGGCAAGAUGAUAUUUUAUGAAGUAGUCGAAAACAUAACAUUCAUCCACUUUCCAUCAGAAAAAAAAUGUUUUAUAUGGAUAUAUGUGAAUUAAAUUUAUUGUGAAUCCAUAACUUUCACAGAGAAGCCAUAUUUUGGCAACUCAUCUGUAUAAGGGACAUAAAAGCAUCACAAAGAAGUAAAAAAGAAGAUUGUUGAACAAGACGUGCAGUAUGCAAAUCUGCAACCGGAUGUAAAUAAAAAAGCUUGAGAACCCAAUUACCUUUAUUCAAAUGCUAGUAAAUAUUCUAAUAUGAAAAUAAAUAAACGGAUGUUAAUUUGCUUCUACUCAGAACAGGUACAAAUUUACUUUUACAAAUGUGUAAAUUUAUUCCCAGCAGUAAAUACACAGCAA